GUACCGGCUACCGAUGCCAUUGCCACGCAUAGUCGCAUACAUCGCUGAUGAUGGUGCAUCCUCUCUGAGCUCCUCUCCGUGCCAAGUUGCCAAGUUUCUCCGCGUCCGUCAAUCCAGCUCACCAGUUCUCCCUUGGCGUGCGCCAUGCACAGCGGGCGCGCCCUUCGCGCCCCCGCCCAGCUUGCAGCGGCAGCAGCGCUGCUGGCGGCGGCCGUGACGCUCACGCUUGUCUCCUCCGCGGCGGCGCAGGCGUGGGUGGGUCCGUGGCCGACGUGCGACGACACCACGGGCAACUACUCGGCCGGCAGCGCCUACGCCAACAACACCAAGCAGCUCAUCCUCAACCUCCAGAAGAACGCGUCCAACACGCCCGCGCUGUUCGCGACGGGCUCCGUCGGCGUGGGCGGCGCGGACGACGCCGUCUACGGGCUCAUACUCUGCCGCGGCGACCUCAGCGCCACCGACUGCUUCGACUGCGGCACCAACGCUGGCCAGGACGUGUACCGCGUCUGCAACGGCAGCCGGGACGCCGCGCUCGUCUACAACCAAUGCUACGUCCGCAUCGCCCCCACGGACUUCCUCGCCUCCACCGACAACACCGGCUUCAAGGGCCUCAUCGGCUACCGCGUCCCCGCUGGCGUCGACGACGUCGCGGCCUACGACGGCGCCGUCACCAGGCUGCUCAACGCCACCGUGCAAUACGCGGUGGACAGCGGCUCCGCCCAGUCGUCGUCUCCGAGGAAAUACUUCGCCACGGGGCAGAUGGUGGGGCUCGACCCACAGCUGCAGCUCCCGACGGGCAUCUGGUCCAUGGCGCAGUGCGCGGGGGACAUAUCGCCGGCGCAGUGCCGGAGCUGCCUGGACGACCUGUUGGCGCAGUGGUGGGACGUCCAGUUUGACCGCCGGCAGGUGGGCGCCAGGCUCGCCGGUUCGCGCUGCAACCUGAGGAUCGAAGGGGAAAACUUCUACACCGGCAGCCCGAUGCUGAAGCUGCAGAUGAACGGAGCGCCGGCGCCUUCAACUGAUGUUGUACCGGGCACCACCGGAGGUAAAAGGAAUUCAGCUGGCAAACUUCUCAGAAUUAUAUUGCCAAUAGCAUUUAUCGUUGCAGUAGCUGUCGUAGCCCUUUGCAUAUGGAUUGUUUGUAAGAAGAGAACAUCUCAAGGAACAAAUCUUUCCCACCAAACUUAUAUGGUUGAGGACAUCGAAAGCAUCAAGUCGAUAUUGUUAUCAUUGUCAUCACUACAAGUAGCAACAAAUAACUUUGAUGAAAGCAAUAAACUAGGUGAAGGGGGGUUUGGUGCAGUUUACAAGGGAGAUCUUUUUGGACGAGAAGUGGCCGUGAAGAGGCUGCCAAAGGGUUCAGAUCUGGGGCUAGAAGAACUAAAAAAUGAGCUAGUUUUGGUGUCCAAACUUCAUCACAAAAACCUUGUUCGAUUGGAGGGUUUCUGCUUAGAAGAGGGAGAGAGGUUGCUCGUCUAUGAGUACAUGCCCAACAAAAGUCUCGACAAUAUUCUUUUUGGUACUAUAAAUAAUCUUUUCAAAGAAUAUACACAUGUUGUUAACAUUUUUAUACUUAUUAUAACCUUAAGACUCGAUUAUCAUUUAGAUCAUGAGGAGAAAAGACAACUAGAUUGGAGGAAACGAUUCAAGAUAAUAGAAGGAGUUGCACGUGGAUUGCAAUAUCUUCAUGAAGACUCUCAGAAGAAGAUAGUUCACCGUGACUUGAAAGCGAGCAACAUUUUAUUAGAUUCAGAUAUGAACCCUAAGAUUGGUGACUUUGGACUAGCCAGGCUCUUUGGGCAAGACCAGACUCGAGGCAUCACAAACCACAUCAUUGGAACAUUUGGCUACAUGUCUCCCGAGUAUGUGAUGCGUGGACAAUACUCCACAAAAUCAGAUGUAUUUAGUUUUGGCAUACUUGUUAUAGAGAUUGUAACAGGACAAAAAAACACUGGGCAUUACGUCGAUGAGCAAAAUGAGGAUAUUAUAAGCAUUGUAUGGAAGCACUGGUCUGAGGGAACACUUGCAGAGAUUAUAGAUGAUUCUCUAUGGAGAAACUACUCAGAGAAUGAGGUACUAAAAUGUGUUAACAUUGGCCUAUGGUGCCUUCAGCAGAGUCCAAUGGAUCGACCCACGAUGUCAGAUGUUACGGUGAUGCUCAACGAUGAUGAUACUACUAGUUCUCUACCUCCUGCUGCAAGACCAACUUUUUUCUUGGAUGCAAGCUCAGGUUACUCUUACACUUCGGGUACUAUUUCGCAUCCUUCUGCGAGGUAGUGUAGGCUGAGGCCUAAUGCACAUCUAUAUAUGAAUAUUGACAUAUUGUUGCUUGUUGUUUCUUGUUGUAUAUUAGUUGAAAGAAACGUGGAAUUCACCAUGAAGUGUAACAAUUUGUGCUCACUAUUAGUUUCUUACUGAAUUCUCAAAUAUAAAGUUUCUCUUGCUAGAGGUCCUACAAGCUUUCAGAAAGUAUCGAAAUGCUUACUCAUUGGAAAAGGUUGUGCUCACUAUAUAUAUUCUCCCGAACUAUUUCCAUUGGUUUCU